UGAAAUUGCGUCUGAUUCCAAAUAUGGCUAUCUUAUGGAUGUCUCUGCUCUUAUCAUACAUUUUUGUCUCAAGUGAUGCUAGCUAUUUCAAUGGUCGACCAGGAAAUGACGAAUUUGCAAUUUUUGCAGAUAUAGCACCUUCCGAAUCUUGUUCUGCAAUAGGACAAAUUGACACCUUGCUACAGUGUUUUAAAGAAUGUCUAGGGGCGUUUCGUACUUUUUACAUGUUUUCUAGAGAUUCCGUGACGCUAUCGUGUUUAUGUUGUAAGGACCCUCCAAGUUUUUCACUUCCGGGAAACGCAUGGAACACCUAUAUACCACCACCGUGCCCACAAAGCUAUUAUGAGUACGUAUACGGGCAUUUGGACAUUUGUCUCCGUUUUGUCUCGGAUCCGCAGAAGUAUCCAAUGGCAACAUCCACCUGCCAGCAAGACGGCGGGGAUCUUAUAAAAAUUGAUUCUCAGAGAAAGUUCGAAAUUUUUCAGCAGUUUGUUGCCAAUACAACAAAUGCGACAAUUGAGAUUUGGGUGCAGGGUAUCCGAAUAAACUAUGCUUGGUUCUAUCAUGACGGAACACCGAUGAAGUUCACCUGUUUGGUGAGCGAGAGUAAUCAUACAUCCGAAACAAGAAUGCGCUCUGUGAGUGAGAAGAACUUCGGAUGCUUUGAUAUUACUCCAUGGGGGCCGAAAAUGUUCGUUUGUGAAAUAUAUAGAGUAUUUAAUGGGUUUUAGACUUUUCAUCUUGGAAAAAAAACUCAUGCUAAAUGCUUUUAAAAAGUAUUAUUACGUCUUGUGCUUAAAAAAGGGACUGACAAAUCUUUAGCUAAUUGCAAAUUUGCUGUGAUAAGAACCUUGAUUACUAGUGAGCAUCCUUUUUAGGUAACCUGGGUAAAAUCAGGUGACCUAUUGCUUUCUGUUUUCGUCCGUGGUCGUAGUGCGUCGUGCUACGUGCAUUAAAAUUUUUACAUUUUUUAAUCAAUCUUCUUGAAAACUGCUGGGCCAAUUACCAUUUUUAAUGCGAGACAUCUCUAUGGUAAGAGGAAACUAAAUUGUGAGAUUCAUGACUCUACCACCCCUGGAGCACCACAUGCGGGGUCAAAUA